AUUGCGUCCAAAUAAAAUGGACAUAAUUACAACAACAAGAAAAGGCUGUUCUUUUGGCUCCAUCUUCCUUCUCGGGUUGAAUAACCCGACUUAAGAUCCACGCUCGAAUAUCCAAUUACCGAUUAGUCGCCUUCAACAUUUUCAAAUCCAAUUCCAAAUAUUCCACCUCCUCUUUUGUCACCCACAGAAAAUCUUCAAGAUAAAAAUAUAUAUAUAUAUUAUCAAGUUCAGAUCUGCUCUGCAUCUCUCCGGUCUGCUUCUCAUUUAGAUUUGGAUUGUAUACAAAUAUAAAUUUUAAAUACUACACCGAAAAAGAAAAGAAAAGAAAAAAAUACCGAGGAAAUGAUUGCAAUUCCGUACUUAACAGCGUUAACAACGUACUUUAGCUAUGGAUUAUUAUUCGCGUUUGGUCAAAUCAGAGAUUUCUUUCGUAAAAUUUUUGACUGGUGCAAGUCUAACAAUCUUCAGGGUUAUGCCCCAAUCUGUUUAGGACUUGAAGAUUUCUAUAUUCGUCGUUUGUAUCUCCGUAUUCAGGACUGUUUCGGGAGACCAAUAGCUAGUGCUCCUGAUGCUUGGUUUGAUGUGGUUGAGCGUUUCUCGAAUGACAAUAAUAAGACGCUAAAACGAUCCACAAACAUGAGUAGAUGCCUUAACUUGGGGUCGUACAACUAUCUUGGCUUUGCUGCAGCAGAUGAGUACUGCACACCUCGAGUAAUUGAGUCAUUGAAGAAAUAUUCUCCUAGCACUUGUAGUAGCCGUGUGGAAGGGGGAACAACGGCUUUGCACAAUGAAUUGGAGAAGUGUGUUGCAGACUUUGUUGGAAAAUCAGCAGCUAUAGUUUUUGGCAUGGGCUAUGUUACGAACUCUGCUAUACUUCCAGUCCUGAUGGGGAAGGGCAGUCUGAUAAUCAGUGAUUCCUUGAACCACAACUCUAUUGUAAAUGGUGCACGUGGAUCUGGAGCUACCAUUCGUGUUUUCCAACAUAACACACCCUCUCAUCUGGAGGAAGUCUUGAGAGAACAAAUUGCAGAUGGACAACCUAGGACUCACAGACCUUGGAAAAAAAUAAUGGUUAUUGUGGAGGGGAUAUACAGCAUGGAAGGGGAACUCUGCAAACUUCCUGAGAUCAUAGCAAUUUGCAAAAAAUAUAAGGCAUUUACAUACUUGGAUGAGGCCCAUAGCAUUGGAGCAGUGGGCAAAACAGGAAGAGGAGUUUGUGAGCUCCUAGGGGUGGAUACUGCUGAUGUGGACAUCAUGAUGGGAACUUUUACGAAAUCAUUUGGCUCAUGUGGUGGAUAUAUUGCUGGUUCAAAGGAGCUUAUUCAAUACUUGAAGUACACUUGCCCUGCCCAUCUGUAUGCAACAUCAAUCUCACCACCAGCAGCUGAGCAAAUUAUAUCUUCCAUUAAGGUUAUUCUUGGGGAGGAUGGUUCAAACAGAGGUGCACAGAAGCUUGCGCGUAUACGUGAGAAUAGCAACUUCUUUAGGUCAGAAUUGCAAAAGAUGGGGUUUGAGGUUCUUGGAGACAAUGACUCUCCUGUAAUGCCAAUUAUGCUUUAUAAUCCAGCCAAAAUUCCCGCCUUCUCAAGGGAGUGCCUCAAGAAGAAUGUAGCAGUUGUGACAGUGGCUUUUCCAGCAACCCCACUAUUGUUGGCUAGGGCACGCAUAUGCAUAUCUGCUUCUCAUACUAAGGAAGACUUGAUUAAAGCUUUGGAAGUCAUUAGCCAAGUUGGUGAUCUUGUGGGUAUAAAAUACUUCCCAGCAGAACCAAACAAGCAGCAGGAAGACGAUAAGAUUGUGAAGCUGGAUUGAGUAACUAACUAAAUUUUUCUCGCAUACUUUGAUUAAUUGGUUGUUGCAAGCAGCAGAUAGGAAGAAAUAUUGUUGAAGCUGGAAGUACUUUGCAUUAUAAUUUCUCUUGCAUUGGAACAAUUGGUAGUUGGCCUAGAGCAUCAGCACCUGUACUACUAGCCCCUACCAUUUAGUCUCCUGUAUUUGAAAGUGUAAAUUAUUUUUUUGCUUUAAGUGGAUCUAAGUUUUGCCUCCAGGCUCAUGCCAACAUGAGUCGCCGCAGAAUGCAGCAGCUUGUAUUUCCCUUUUCAUAUUUUGUUAACUUAUCCUCUGAUUUUGUCCUAUUUUUAUGAUGAUCUGUACAUAUGUGGUAAUACCCUA